CAAGCAUCCUUCAUCAGAAUAUCAUAUCACAUAAGACCGCCUCUCAACUCUAACUUUCAUUCAUCCCUGAACAUACCACAAUGCCAAACAAGGGAACAAACACCACUUACCCCCCAACAUACUGCUCAGCAUGCCGCCAGUACGGCCACUCGGUCAUGCAAUGCCCCGUCCCACGCUGCAUGAGAUGUGACUGUGUUGGACAUCCUACCAGACUCUGUCCUCUACAGAGAUGUGCCAAAUGUGGGGCCAGAGGACAUGAUAAGGAGGAUUGCCCGUUUUAUCCAGGAAAUGAAGAGUUGUAGACAUGUAGUAGUUUGAGAGGGAGGGCAUGAUGGCUGCAUCCUGGUUGGAGAGUUGGAAUUUGUGGGGAGAAGGCUAUGAUUUCUCUCUUUUCGUUGAUUUUACUGUGAAAUUUUAGGGUUAACGUCUUGGUGUUGAGGGGCCUAAAUUGAAUGAUGGAGUAAGGGGAG